AUGGCGUCGACGGUGUUAGCGAGUAGGAAUCAGACGAGCUACGGACAUCAAUCAUUCAUGGGGGAAAUCCCUAAUUAUUCCAAUAAUAAUCCUCGUCAUCUGAACCCUAACCUUAACCCUAACCCUAACCAAAAACCCAAAUCAAACAAGAAGAAGCAUUUCCCCAACGCCGCUAUUAACGGCAGGCCACACAACCACAAUUCUCAUCCUGUUGAUUCUUGCGCGGUGGUUGUGAGUCAAGCCGCGUCGGAUGACGCGUAUUCGUUCAACCAAAGGCCGAUUGAGACCAGCGGGGGUGCCGGAUAUGGAAAUAGUUUCAACCAUGGGGGAUAUGUAAGCUACAACGUUUCUGCGUGUUCGAAAAGCGAAAUUAAUGAGCUACGGAAGAAAUUGGUUGCGGAUCUUGAGAGAAUCCGGAACCUAAAUGAUCGGAUUCACGCUGGCGAUUUAAACCCUAGAUCAACCAACGGAAAAUUCAAGAAACUGUCGGGUAAUAAACGGCAGCCAUCUACGAUGCCGUUUGGAUCUAGCAACAAAGAGCCGAAACAUUUCCGUCAAGGUUUGGUAAACGGCAGUGCAGGAGGAGGUGAAGCGGACGAGAAUUUGUUAAAGAUGUGCAGACAGGUAUUGACGAAGUUGAUGAAGCACAAGCUUAGCUGGGUCUUCAACAAACCGGUGGACGCUGCUGCUCUAGGGCUUCACGAUUAUCAUCAAAUUAUCAAGCGUCCGAUGGAUUUAGGCACGGUUAAAUCGAAUUUGUCAAGGGGUUUAUACGCAUCUCCGUUGGAUUUCGCCUCUGAUGUGAGACUGGUCUUCGAAAACGCGAUGCUUUAUAACCCUAGAACAGAUGAAGUUCACGGAAUGGCGGAUCAACUGCUCACGCAUUUUGAAGAGUUAUUUAGACCAAUCCAGGCGAAAUUGGCAACCCUUCACGUUGUGAAUGAGUUUUCAGCCGUUGAAGAAUUAGAUGGUAGUUCUUGGGACGACAUUCAAACCCCUGAAAGAUCAAAGAAGAUGAAAACCGCAGCUCCAGUCGCUCCUUCCAUUUCAAACAAACAAAACCACUCAACCGCUUCAAACCCGAUAAUCCCACCCGCUGUCCAGUCUCCCGUACGUUCUCCAUCUCCAUUGCCAAUGCAGCCUGUAGAACCAGUGAAACCGUUAUCCACAUCAACAAGAUCAGCCAUCGGAAAGCUACCAAAGCCCAGAGCUAAAGAUCCAAAUAAACGAGAAAUGAAUAUGGAAGAGAAGCAGAAACUAGGGUUAGGCUUGCAAAGUAUGCCUCAAGAAAAGAUGCCACAGUUAGUCCAGAUUAUUAGAAAAAGAAACGACCAUUUAGCACACGAAGGUGAUGAAAUCGAGCUAGACAUUGAAGCUCUCGACACAGAAACACUUUGGGAGCUUGAUCGGUUCGUGACAAACUGGAAGAAACUCGUGAGCAAGACAAAGAGACAAGCUUUGUUGGUGAACAACACCUCAGCGGUAGGGGCUAGCGUCUCAGCCGACAUUGACGAUGCUCCGGUAAUGGAGAAAAUUGAUGGAAUGAAGAAGAGCAAGAAGGAAGCUGGAGAAGAGGAUGUUGAUAUAGGUGAUGAGAUGCCGGAGAGCAGUUUCCCACAUGUGGAGAUUGAAAAAGACGAAGGUGGUGGACAAGGUCAAGGUACAGGAGGAGGAGGACAUGGGAAUAAUGAGAAUGGAAGUAGCAGUUCGAGUAGUUCAAGCAGCUCAAGUAGUGAUUCAUCUUCCUCUAGUGAUUCAGACUCAGGGAGUUCUUCUGGGAGUGAUUCGGAUGCAGAUGAUGCACAAUCUUGACAUGAAACGAUGAAAAAUGUAAUGUGAUUUGAAUCAAGAAAACCGCGAUUGCAGAAUCAUCUUUUAAUCAAAUGGAAUGGAAGUGAAAAAAGGCUCGAGAGAUAUUGAGAAGUGAAAAAGCUCGGAUGGAUGUAAUUAGCGAGAGAAGACCCGUUGUAAUUGGGUUGAUUUUAGGGAGGUGAAAAACUGAAAAUGGAGGUGAAGGUAGAAGAAGAAGAAGAAGAAGAAAAGGAAGAUAGUUAUAAGUUGAGUUUGAGUUGAGGGAGGGAUAUGAUAUUGAGAUAUGAGAUAUGAUGAUGGUCUUGUGUGUACAUAUGACCAAAACAAGGCAAA